GUUAAACACGUUCUCGUCAUUGCAAAUCAUCGAACUCGACGGUGGUUUCUACUCGGCAAUGGCGUAUCGAGGAACGUCGAUGGAGGGUGCUAAGAGGAUCCGCGCUGGCUUCCAGUGUUUUUAUCGAUGCACGUUGCACCCCACAAGGGGGGUAGGGAGGGGGAACGGGGAGAAGCGUAGAGAGAGAAGGAAGGAAGAAGGGGUGGAAAAAAAGACGAUGGAAAGGAAAGCGACGCAACCAGACCGCGGCAGCAAAAGCGGCGCGUACGCGGCUGAAACCAGAGGCGUGUCCCAGCGCGCAACGUGCUUUUCCAGCAGCCUCGUUCUAAUUAGUAAAUGUACCCGACCAGAUGGAACAUCGAUGGAGGAGGUGAAAAAGAAGAACGAGAAGGAGGAUGGAAGGAAGCAAAAACGUCGGAAUUGUGCCGUCUGUGACAUGUUCGAAAUGGGCGCCGUUUUCUCGCGCCACGCGGCCACGCGGUUUCACGCGACGUCGUUUCCAACGGCGAGAUUUCUCUAAAGUGGGGUUGAUCGAUUGCGGACUGUCUAGACGGUUCGUUUGAACGCGUUCGUGCUCUUUUCAACGCGCGCCGCCGUCGAAUCGCA